UAGUUAAUACACUAACGGUAUCUCAUGUGAAGGUGCUGACCCAGCAGUGAACUUAAUUUUUUUAACCUUACUGGAAUGCUUAUUACAACGAUGUAAUGUAACUCAGACGAUUGCCUCAUAAUAGUUCACAUAUUCUCAAUGCUGUUCGUAGGUCUAAAUUAACACCGUAUGUAGACCUAUUCUUUGUAUAAACACGUUCUCAGAAUUUUGGUUGAUAAUUAAUACAGAUAUUUUAAAAAUCUAAAAAAAAAAUUUGAUACUCUCUUUAAUUCUGCCAAGUCGUUACAUUUGUUCCUUUCCCCCGUUGAAAUUUCGAAGAAUCGGUAAUUUCCGAUAUUACAACCUAGGCAACAUGUGAAGAGAUUCGAAAGUCACUAUUAGAACUAUUACGGAUUGGAAAGAGAUGAAUCCUAUAGAUCUAUUAUUAGAGGUAUUCUCUCCUAUACUCUAUGGGAUACAUUGUCCUAAUUAGGACCCUACUUGUGCAAAGAAUGGCCUUCAAUAUUGAUGAGGAGAUGAGUAAUUUCCCCUGCAGUUUCAAUCUACAAACUGGAAGAAAGAUUUCCCGGGAACGUUUCUGCCAUGCCAGAGACAAGGAAAUAAAAGAGUUGGAACUCAAAGGCUCUACAAUUGAAGAGAAAAUUGCAAGUGUGGAUCUGUCAUCUCUCGAGCUGUACGGCUCGAUUCUGGAAGAGAAAAUUAGAGGUUUAAAUCUAUUGACCUGGCUUUUACAUAAACUUAAGCAUGUUAAAGAAGCAGAAAUACUGAAUACAAAGGUGUUGCAGAAAACAGGAAACAAUAAUCUAACUGCGCUCGGUAAUAGAGUGUUCAUUCUUUUUGACCAAGGAGAUACGAUAGCGGCGAUUAAACAUUGCGAAGACCUUCUACAAUUGACUGAGAAAGCAGAAAUUUUCGAACAAAUAAAAUAUAACGCCUUGGCUGAACAAGCGUACAGCUUUAGUAAACUAGGCGGCAUAGAAAAUUACAAGCUCAGUAUUCAGCUUUACACAGAGUGCAUUAGCAAGUACCCGGAAAACUAUCUUUGGAAGUACGGUCUUGGAAUGAUUUACAGACGGGUUACAAACUACGAUCUUCAGUUCUCAAAUAAGGAGAAACUGAAUGUCGCUGACAUUACUGUUAAAUGUCAAGACUUAUUGGAUGAAGUCGCGCGUAACGGUGACGACCGACUCCGUGGACUUGCCUACGCCCAGCUAGCACAGCUGCUGCAUCAGGAUGCGUCCGCCUUUGCUUCGGAAAUAACGAAGUUAGUUAAUGAAGCCUUGAAAUACGGCCGUAACAGUUCCACAGUUCUGACCUACUGUGGCAUGAGUGUAAAGAAAAUCAAUACAGACCAGGCUAUUGAACUUUUAAGAGCUUCUUUACAGAUCAAAGAAAUAGCGAUGACUUACCAUCAUUUAGGGUUAAGUCUUUUGAUUAAAGCAGAAUCGAUUAAAAACAACGUCAACAGUCCUACAGGAAGUGUGAACCACGACAACAAGCUAAACUUUGAAGGGACUAGCAGUGGCUCUCUGUGUCGUGUUGAGUCACUCAAAGAGUUUGUUCAAAGUCCGUGUACUACAUUAGACAAAGAAAACGCACUUGUCAGGGAAGCGAUACAGUGUUUUGAGAAAUCUUUAGAAGUGUCUCACGGAGAGAACAUCCCGGCGAAAUUCGAUCUGGCAGAAACACAUUUUAAACUCAAUGAAUUUGAUACCGCGCUAAAACAUUACAACCUAACUACCCGUAUGUUAAGUUCCGACUAUCUGGUGCGCAAAAUAAGUGCGCAUGAAGGGGCUGGUAGAUGUCUCAAGGAGUUAAGCAAACGUCCAGACUUUGACAAAUCAGACAAGCUGAAAAAUCUAGCCGAAGACGAAUUCAAAAAGGCGCUAAGCUUAGCAGCAGAUCUAGCCUCAAAAGAUCCAGAAUAUGCUGGUUGUGAGACAAAGGUGUGGCAAGCGUUUAAAAAGUUGAUGGACGACGCAGAAGAGCUCUCUUCACCCGAUGAAAAACAAAAGAGUAAGUUGAAAUACUUAGAGCUGGCCAAAAAUAAGGAUUUUGAGCGAACUAUUAAAGAAUUGUUAAAAAUAGGUCUUCUGCAAGAUUUUGAAAUGCUGCGAAAAGGACUUGAUCGCCUGCUAGAGAAAGGCGAUUAUGAAAGUGCUUUGACCUUUCUUAGCAUGGCCAGUACAAGGAGUGUAUUUACAACCAAUGUCUCCUGGUCAAGCGAGGAAUUCGAAGCUCUAAGGUCAAGGGCUUACAUUCUAACAGCUUGGGACCGCUUGCAAAAAGGCAGCGCAGAUUCCAGACGCGUAUUUCAACAAGUGUUUCAACUAAAGUAUAAGCAGUGUAUAGGGAUGCUCAGCAACAGUGAAGAGGAAGAUGACCAGUCGGAUGACCAGACAUCGAUUUCAGACGUUCUAAUUGUUAAUGACGACUCUGCUGACUCUGAAGAUGGGCCUGACGUCACAACUAGCAUGGCAGUAACGUUAAGACAAGUGCUUAAGAUCCUUUUUGGUUUGGAAGUUACCAGGAAUCUAGAGAGAGCUAAUAAUGAGCAUAUGAAGCUAGAGCUGCAGCUCCAAGAAAUGAAGAGAUACAACGUGGUCGUCUUACUUCUAGGAAACAAUGAUGCCCCUGACUAUAACGAAAUGAUGAAAGCUGUGCACGCUGUGGGAAUCUCCAGAGUAUUGGCAUUGAGCACUAGACCUCUAGAAAAUGUACCACUUUGUCUGCGUGGCUAUCAAUGUAUAGACCUGACCAAAACUGAAUGGAAGCUGACUAAUCAGUCUCCUGUAUCAUGCGAGGAGGACGUUUGCGGUCCCUCAGAGAAAGACUCUAGAACUGAAAUGAUAAUGAAAUGCUUUAAUGGUAAUAAUGAAGAAGUGAUCAAAUUGUUUUGUUUGUUAGUUAAUGAAGACUUUGCACGUUACAAGCCGUCUUUUCAAACGACCGAGGAACGAAUAUAAGUUUGUCCAUAAAAUAUAUAUUUAUAACAUGUGAUAUAUUGUAUUAUUUUGUAUACUAUUGUACUAACAUAUCUACUAUAUAACCAGUAUUAUUUAAAACAUGUAACAUUUGAUAAUAGUGUGUUUCAAAUUAUUGUCUUACGACAUACAAAAAGGAAAAAGAAAUGUUGCACUGUUUUCUACAACAGAAUUAAUGUUAUAGAUUAGGUGUAAGAUGGAAAAACUAGAAGGGCUGACAUUAAAAAGAAGAAUCUUAGAUUAAUUGGUCAUUUUGAGGGUGGAAGGUAGAAUGCUCCUUUUGAGGGUGUAAAGUAAAAUUGGCCAUUGUCAGGGUAUAAGGUAUAAUUGACCAUUGUUAUUGUGAAGGUAGUAUCAGCCAUUGUGAGGAUGAAAGGUAGUAUCAGCCAUUGUGAGGGUGAAAGGUAGAAUAAGCCAUUGUGAGGGUGAAAGGUAGUAUCAGCCAUUGUGAGGGUCUAAGGAAGUAUCAGCCAUUGUGAGGGUUAGUAUCAGCCGUUGCGAGGGUUUAAGGUAGUAUCAGCCAUUGUGAGGGUGAUAAGUAGUAUCAGCCAUUGUGAGGGUUUAAGGUAGUAUCAGCCAUUGUGAGGGUGAUAUGUAGUAUCAGCCAUUGUGAUGGUUUAAGGUAGUAUCAGCCAUUGUGAGGGUGAAAGGUAGUAUCAGCCAUUGUGAGGGUGAAAGGUAGUAUCAGCCAUUGUGAGGGUGAAAGGUAGUAUCAGCCAUUGUGAGGGUGAAAGGUAGUAUCAGCCAUUGUGAUGAUUUAAGGUAGUAUCAGCCAUUGUGAGGGUGAAAGGUAGUAUCAGCCAUUGUGAUGGUUUAAGGUAGUAUCAGCCACUGUGAGGGUGAAAGGUAGUAUCAGCCAUUGUGAGGGUGAAAGGUAGUAUCAGCUAUUGUGAGGGUGAAAGGUAGUAUCAGCCAUUGUGAGGGUGAAAUGUUGUAUCAGCCAUUGUGAGGGUGAAAUGUAGUAUCAGCCAUUGUGAGGGUGAAAUGUAGUAUCAGCCAUUGUGAGGGUGAAAGGUAGUAUCAGCCAUUGUGAGAGUGAAAGGUAGAACUGGGUGUUGUGAUUAAUGUGUACUUUACUCUGUUAUGCUGGCCUAAUUUUUGUGAUGCCUUUUAGUAACUCAUGAGAUUGCAUUAGAAUGUACAUCUGUGAUCAUUAAUGUAUAUCCUUAAUAAUUAAAGUUUGAUUCUAAUAUAAAUCAGCUAUCAUAAUUUACAUGCUAUUUUGAUAACGUUUACACUGUUUUAAAUUACAACUGUGAUCAUUACUGUAAUUCAUAUUUAUUGACAUUGUAGUUUUUUUUUUUAAUUGUACUAAUUUAUUUUACUUCGUAGCCGUAUCUCUUUAUAUCACAUGCUCCUUUACAUAACUUAAACACCGUAAUAUUUUUAAUGUGUAAUAAAUCCUUGUUCCACGAUAUGUUUUAUUGUACAAGAAAGGAGGCGCGAUUGCUGAGUGAUAAAGCGCUUGGUGUCCGGACUAGAGGUUCCCUGGUUCGAAUCCUGGUGAAGAAUGAGUUGUUGUUUUUUAUAAUUUCAGGAUCUUACGGCGCCUUUGAGUCCACCCAGCUCUAAUGGGUUCCUGACAUUAAGGGAAUAUUAAAAUGCAUUUUGUCGUUGGGCUGGCCACAUGACACCCUCUUUAACCGUGGGCUUUAGAGAUAGAUGACCUUUACAUCAUCUGCCCUAUAGAUCACAAGGUCUGAGAGAGGGGAACAUUUUUUUUCGUGUAGAGAAAAUUGAUUGUGAUUUUUUAACCCAGUAUCAUUCAUAAUUGUGUUUAGUAUUAAUCAUGAUACUUAAAUUAAUUUAUAUAAAUUCUUUUUGAGUCACUUAGUAAGUUAUUUGUCUUUUCAAAGUAAAAACAAAUUUAAUAAAAUACUAUUACAAACGGUCUAGUCCAAAAUCUGUGUUGGUAUUUUUAUUUUCUAUUUUACACUGUAUUUCAUUUUCAGUACAAAAAAAUAAAAAUAAAACAAUUUAAAAGUGCAUUUAAAAAUAAAAUUUCUUUUUGUAUUAUUUUCUUAGUAUUGAGUCUAAUUGGAAUGAUGAAAUGCCAAACGUGAAAUUAAUUAACUGGUGGAAAAAACGUGUUUUUUUUUGUUUAUAUAGUUAGGGUUAGGGUUCAAACCCAUCCAGGGAUAGAGACUCUGACAUGUAACUUAACGCCAGUGGUCAUUAGGUCAGGCUUUCAACUCACUAGUUCAACGUAGUGAGUCUAAAUAGACUAGACUAACAAGUGAACUUUAUUGAAAGUUGGUUUAAUAUAAAUAAAUGCCAAGUGUACAGUUAUUCUCCUUGCCAGUUUGAUAAUCAGUUCGCCGAACUGGGCCAUAAUUAACAAGACGCAAAAUUUAAAAUACUUGCACAAAAGGCUUAUCUAAGGGGAAGAGCUCCAUAUUUACAACUACAUCUCUCAAUGUACAAGCAAUUUUCCUUUUUCGAUAUCAAAUAAAAUAAUUAAUUACA